CGGUUAACUUAAUGAACGAAGGAAACUACAACAAAAGAAACGUUCCCCAUGACCUUGACCUCGUCAGUUUACAAAAUGGCCACGGUUUGCAAGGUUUUUGGAAGGUUGUCAGUGUUUGGUAAGCAGGCAUGUGGGGUCCGGCACUGCUACACGAAAACAAGAAAAAACUUGAUGAUUGGCAAAAACACCAAAGUAAUAUGUCAAGGAUUCACGGGUAAACAGGGUACUUUCCACAGCCAGCAGGCCAUUGAGUAUGGCACGAACAUGGUGGGUGGUGUGUCGCCAGCCAAAGCCGGCCAGUCUCACCUCGGGCUUCCUGUCUUCGCAACCGUCGCAGAGGCGAGGGAGAAGACUGGAGCGGAGGCCACUGUUGUGUUUGUCCCCCCGCGGUUCGCAGCGGCAGCACUCAUUGAAGCCAUCGAUGCCGAAAUCCCAUUGGUUGUCUGUAUAACGGAGGGCAUUCCCCAGCAGGACAUGGUGCGAGUUAAACACAAGCUGGUGCGACAGAGCAACACACGUCUUAUCGGACCCAACUGUCCAGGAAUUAUCAAGCCUGGUGAAUGUAAAAUAGGAAUCAUGCCGGGACACAUUCACAUGAAGGGGAAAAUAGGAAUAGUUUCGCGUUCGGGCACGCUGACGUACGAAGCGGUCCACCAGACGUCGGAGGUCGGUCUGGGCCAGUCUCUGUGUAUCGGGAUUGGCGGCGACCCCUUCAACGGGACAAACUUCAUCGACUGUCUCCAGGUCUUCCUAGAGGACCCAGAGACCACUGGAAUUGUCUUAAUAGGAGAAAUAGGAGGCCAGGCAGAAGAAAAAGCUGCUGAAUAUUUAAGUACAAAUAACAAGGGUCCAAAUGCAAAACCUGUAGUGUCUUUUAUUGCUGGAUUAACUGCGCCCCCUGGUAGACGGAUGGGUCAUGCGGGUGCUAUCAUUGCCGGGGGUAAAGGUGGGGCGGAGGAGAAGAUAGAAGCCUUGAAAUCAGCCGGAGUCCAAGUAACGAUGUCUCCUGCUCAAUUAGGAUCCACCAUGGCCAAGAUUUUGGACACAAAUUUUGAGACAGUACAAUAUAUUGUUAAUAGAGAAAGCUGGGCGAUAAUGCAAAGAUCUGUAUAAAGUGGGUACACAGCAAUGUAGUGUGAGGAGUAACAUGUUGCUACCAUGUCUUCAAAAUCGUGAUUACGGGUGCAGUGUCAUUCACUUGUAACCUACCUGUAUGUUAGAUUUUCUGUCAUCUUGGGGUUUCCAGCAAUAUUUAUUGUAAGCAUGAUCCAAAACCAAGCAGACUGGUGAUUUCUCUUAAUUCAUGUUAUUGUUUCAAAGGUAUUCACUGGGUUUUUUUGUUCUUGUUUUCAAAAAUAAUUCUGGAAAAACAUAAAGUUGGUCAAAACAUAAAAAAAAUAAUUUGAAAGCAAAUCAAGUGCAGUAUUAUAAACAACGAAACGUAAUACAAUUUUGCUGGGUUCAUACAAGUCAUGGAAAUCCUAGAAGUGUUCAUUUCAAGGCCUGGAAAGUCAUGGAAUUUUGAGUUGGGUUAUGGAAAGUUAUGAAAAAUGAAUUAUAAAUAGCGACUAAUGACUUUGUUUAAUAUUGUAUGGCAGGGGACAAUAUUUCAAAAUCUUAGGUAACCAAAAGUGGAUUUUUUACUGGCUAGAUAACCAAUAGUUGUGUCAAAUUUAAAUUAUAUUUCAAUAACUGGUGGGUAUAUUGUAUGAAUAUAGAAGAGGGCCUCGUAAGUUGUCAAACUUGUGCCCAAUUCUUUUGUUCUUUGUCCAAUAAAAUAUGUUUGCAAUCAGUCAACUGGUGGGUUACCUAAUCCUAACACUGGUACUUGUAUUUUAAACAAACUGAUUUUGCUGUGAGAUUUUGGAAUACAUGAAUAAAAUUGUAGUAAUCUUGAAUUUUUAUUUCUUGAAUAUAACAAUUCUCCAUGUAACUAUGAAAUUAAACUUGCAUAAUGGACACAUGGACAGAAUGAACAAUGGUUCGCUUGAAAUAUUGUGCCCUGGUAUGACAGGUUUAUAAAUACAUUGAUAUUACUUUGACUAUAAUUACAUGCACAUUGCUAACAACUCAUGAUGUACAAUUAUUUAGAGUAAAUUAGAGAAGAUGUUUAUUUUUUUCUCUUAUUUUUUUAAUUUUUAUUUUUUGAUUCUAAUCAGUGGAAUAAAAAUGCACUGCCACAGUUGUAGAACUAUCUUCUGAAUAUUGUACAAACCAUCACAUUUAAUCAUUAAACUAGCUUUACAAACUGAUAAUACAGAUACAUGUUUGUGUUUACAUGAUAUAUGGGACAGAUUGUGAAAAUGUAUGAGAAAUUGCUGAGAAAUAAUUAAUAACACAGACCACAGAUGAAGAAACAAAAAUAUCUCGCUAGUCCAUCUGACCUCUCAUGUUGGGUGAACAUACUUUCUGUAGCCCUGCAGACAUAUUUUACAUUGUAACACUAGGUUCAUUUAUAUUUGUUUUAAAAUAAUUUAAUACAUAUUGUAAUCGUCUGCUAUAGCAUAUCGGCUCCCACUCACUAUACUGGGGAUGUGGGGAUGGGUUGUUGUUUUUUGGUCCAUUUUUUAUUUUCUUUGUCCUGUUACUAGUAUUUAAAAAAAAAAAAAAAAUUAAAAUCAGCAGAAAAGUAAAAGAACAAUCACAUACUAGUAAAAAAGGGAACUUGGGUUAGUAGUCGGUGGUUCUGGAGAUGGUGUGACUGCUUAACCAAAUGUGUUGAUUCAUUUGAAUGAAUAAAAUCAAUUGUUGUUUUU